AGUCGAUAAAAAUGUCAAAACUACGCAACUUGUCCAAGCUAUCGAUGCUUGCGGGUGGUUUGGGGGUAAUUCCUUACACCUGUCUGCUAGAUAUUGACGGAGGUGAGCGCGCAGUCAUGUUCAACAGGUUCGCUGGAGGUGUUAGUCAACAUACUCUCGGGGAAGGCUCACAUUUCUACCUUCCAUGGUUUCAAGUACCUCAUCUGUACGAUAUACGCGCAAAGCCAAAGGUUAUAAACACGACAACCGGUACCAGGGACCUCCAGAUGGUCAGCAUCAGCCUCAGACUGCUCUAUCGUCCAUAUACCGAACAUCUUCCACGUCUACAUCAAAAGCUUGGACCAGAUUUUGAUGAAAGAGUACUUCCAUCCAUUGGAAACGAAGUGCUAAAGGCUGUUGUAGCUCGCUACAAUGCGGAAUCCCUCCUCACCCAGAGGGACAAGGUCUCAAAUGACAUUAGAAACGCAAUCACUGCACGUGCAAAGCAAUUUGAUAUUCAAUUAGAUGACGUGGCCAUCACGCAUCUCAGCUACGGAAAGGACUUUUCAAAGGCCAUUGAGGAAAAGCAAGUGGCACAACAAGAAUCGGAAAGAGUAAAGUUUAUCGUUGCAAAGAGUGAACAGGAAAAACUCGCUGCAAUUGUCAAGGCCGAAGGAGAAGCAGAAGCGGCCAACCUCAUCUCCAAAGCUAUUCAGCAACACGGAACUGGAAUGCUCGAAAUUAGAAAGUUGGAAGCCGCCAAGGAAAUUGCCGAUACACUUUCAACAUCCAAAAAUAUCGUAUAUGUACCAAACAACCUACAGCUCCUUAUGAGCCCAUCUAAUCUCUAGACAUUU